GAAAGCUUCUAGUCUAUGAUUAUACAGCAAAUUUCAUAUCAUUGUGAGAUUUUGGUGAUUCGUCUUUUUGAUUGAACUGAAUAUUCUUAAAUCCAGGAAUACAUUUAUCCUAUAAAAAUGGUCUUAGAAAGUACUAUGAUUUGUGUUGACAAUAGCGAUUUUAUGCGAAAUGGAGAUUUCCUACCAACCAGGCUACAAGCACAACAAGAUGCUGUGAAUUUGGUGUGUCACUCCAAAACACGAUCAAAUCCCGAGAACAAUGUGGGUCUGCUAACUCUUGCUAAUGUAGAAGUGCUAGCCACCCUGACCAGCGACGUCGGGCGCAUAUUAUCGAAGCUACACCGCGUCCAGCCGAAUGGAAACAUCAACUUACUGACUGGAAUUCGUAUUGCUCACUUGGCACUUAAGCAUCGCCAAGGAAAGAACCAUAAAAUGCGUAUUGUUGUUUUCGUGGGCUCUCCUGUGAACACAGAUGAGAAGGAGCUAGUCAAACUAGCCAAGAGACUCAAGAAGGAAAAGGUAAAUUGUGAUGUUGUUUCAUUUGGAGAAGAUUCAGAGAACAACCCUUUGCUAACGGCAUUUGUGAACACUCUAAAUGGCAAAGACAACACAUCCGGAGGCAGCCAUCUAGUCUCUGUUCCAGCUGGUGGCUGUGUUGUACUUUCUGAAGCACUUAUUUCAAGUCCACUGAUUGGUGGAGAUGGUGCGGGCCCAUCUGGCUCUGGAAUGUCACCAUUUGAAUUUGGUGUGGAUCCAAAUGAAGAUCCAGAGCUAGCACUUGCAUUGCGUGUGUCUAUGGAGGAGCAGAGACAGCGUCAAGAAGAAGAAACACGUCGUCAACAGGCUAACACUGAAGGUGGAGAGACUGGGAAGACAGGAGAGACACAGAAUAGUGGAAUGGAGCGGGCUCUAGCUAUGUCUCUCGGCCGGGAAGCCAUGGAACUGUCUGAAGAGGAGCAGAUAGCUCUGGCUAUGGAGAUGAGUAUGCAGCAGGAUGCUCCACAGUCUGUGGAAGUGAUGGAUGUGUCUGAUGGAACUGAAGAAUAUGCUGAAGUUAUUAAUGACCCUGCCUUCCUGCAAAGUGUAUUAGAGAACCUCCCAGGUGUGGAUCCUCAGAGUGAAGCUAUAAGAAAUGCCAUGUCCACCAUCAAGAAAGACAAAGACGAGAAGGAUGACAAAGACCAAAAGGACAAAGACGGAAAAGGAUCAGGUUCGAGUUCAAAGGAAAAUUGAAGUUGUUAUUCAAUUUUUUUUAAUACAUUAUGCUCGUAAACGUUUACAUAAUACACAACAGUGUUACUGUCACUUUGGAAUUUUAUACAUUGGGUUUAUUUGUACAUUCAUUUCCACGAUAUCCAAUUCAGCCCCUCAAUUUUGUCAUACUCUGCAAAGAAACAUAGUGUUAUGAAUAGGUACUAAUGCUAAUUAUAAAAUAAAAAUAUAAAUUUA